AUGCGUUCAAUCUUUUACACUGCAUUUCUUUACAUAGCGACACUUUUAACCUUUGCAGCUGUCGCUUAUGCAUUUUCUACUGGUGCCGGCACAUGUAAUGCAGAUCAAGUAACUAUCGAAGCGGUAAACAACUCCCCUAUGGGCAAGAAGGGUAACUUAGGCUUCGAAAUUAGCAUGUCCCAAGGUGAUCAUUUUUACGUUCCAAAUGGUCCUAUGAUAGAAUUUUCAAUUACUGGUUCAAACAUAACAACUUUCAAAGGCCUCUUAUUUUAUGUUACUGAUAAUUUAUAUAAUCAUGUUGGUCAGUGGACUGUUCCAUCUGGCUACAAAUUAAUGGCAAAUUGUCCAGGUGAUCCAAAAGGAACUCUUAGUCAUAGCUCUAACGUUACAUUUCAGUGGACUCCUCCAACAAGUGAUGUCGGUCCAAUUAGUGUCAUUUGUGUAAUAUGUGUUAGUUCUAAAACCGGCUUCCAAAUCAUACAAUCAAGUCAACAAUUUGUAGUUAACGGAAGCACAUUUGUGCCUUCACCUCCUCCCCCAUCUACAUCUGUCAACGAUACUACUACUCCCUCUUCCAAAAAUUCUGUUACUACUAAUUCCCCUCAUACAAUUAGUAAUAGUAGCGCCAACUCUUUUAUAAUGUCCAAACCUUCGUUUUUAAUACUAUUAAGUUUAUUUGUUCCUUUGAUAAUUUCAGCAUUGAUGGAAUUUUUGUGA